AAUGAAAAAUAUGAGAAACGGAUAGGAAUGAAUGAUAUAAUAUUCUUAUGUCAUUAUGAAUGAUAUAAAAAUUAUAAGCUGUCCCUCCUUGCAUGCCACUGAGUGUCUAUAUAUAGGCUUUGCGAGUAUUUAUAGUUAAAAAAUAUUUCGUUUAUUUGUGUUAUGCAGUGUUUGCUAAAGUUAAAAUCACUUGAUCUUUCUUACUCAAAGCACCUGAAAAUACUCCCUGAUUUUGCUAUGACGACAAGCCUGGAAAAGAUAAAUUUAAAUGGCUGUGAAAGUUUGAUUGAGAUUCCCUCAUCCAUUCAGUGCCUGAAAGGACUCAAUUCCCUUGAUCUAUCUCGUUGCAAAAAGUUGAGAAGUCUUCCACAAAUUCCGAGAGGCAUAAAUAAUUUAUGUCUAGAUAAUUCUGGAGUGGAAGAAUGGUCUCCGUCGUCUGAACAAUUUCUUGACAAUCUUCAAGUCUUAAAUAUUGCCAAUUGCAAAAACCUUAGAAGUCUUCCCAGAAUUAUACAUUGCAAUGCUUUUAGAACGGUUGAUAUCAGUUCCUGCCCGAAUCUCAUCAUGUUUCCUCAUAUUAUAGAAAAUUCAGAAGUAUUGCCCUCAUCAAAUGGUUGUCAUGUUGACUUAGAUUUGAGCGAAUGUAAAAUGGUCAACAGUCUCCCAAAUAGCAUUUGCGAAUUGAAAAGCCUUGAGAGUCUAAAUCUCUAUGGCUGUUCAAAUCUUAGGAAAUUGUCUCCUUUAUAUGGUUUGUGCUCUUUAAAAUGGUUAUAUCUAGAUGGCACUGCACUUGUAGAAAUUCCUCCUGACAUUGUUUCUUUGUCAUCAUUAGAAGCAUUGCUUCUAAAUGAUACUCCAAUAGAAGAAUUGCCGUCAUCAAUUGGUUUUCGCUCUUCACUUACUGUGUUGAAUUUGGGGGGAUGUGAAAGGCUAAAGAGUCUACCAAACAGCAUUUUUGAAUUGAAAUGCCUUUCGAGCUUAGAUCUCAGUGGCUGUUCAAAUCUUGAGAAAUUGCCUCCUUUAUAUGGUUUAUGCUCUUUACAAAAGCUAUUUCUAAAUGGCACUGCACUUGUAGAAAUUCCCCCUGACACUGCCUUUUUGUCAUCAUUAAGACGACUGAGUUUAAAGAACUGCAAUAGACUCCAAACUGCAGUAUCAACUUCAUAUAUUGCACCAAUAAAAUAUCGUGAAGAAUGCAAGAUCUAUCGUUAUGAAUUGAAUUUUUGCAAUUGCGUAAAUUUGGACCAAAAUGCACAUGGCACUAUUAUGGCAGAUGCUCUCCGGAGAACUAAAGAAUUAGCCAUUGCUACAAGUCUACAGUUUCAAGAAAGGGGUAGAGCAUAUGGUCAUUAUUUUUUUGUUAGUUUACCCGGAAGCAAAAUUCCUGAGUGGUUGAACUGUGAAGGCCCAGGAAAUUCAACAGCAACUUUGUUCCCUCCUGGUUGCUUCAAUAAUAUGUUCCUGGGUUUUGCUUUUUGUGUUAUUCUAGAAUUCAAGGCUCCUGUUCAUGUGCAUUUUUUAGACUUCACAUGUCAAAGCAAUUUCAAAAGCAAUAAUGGCUACACAGAGGCCAAUUUUAGAUUUGUAAACUGGUUUUCGGAAACUACUUUUGAAUCAGAUCAUGUGUUCUUUUGGUACGAUGGCGAGGACACUUCCUCUUUAGAUUGGCUCAAACAAAAUUGUUACAUUGAGAUCGAGGCAUCAUUCAAAUUCAAAGCCACAGACGAAAAGGUGAAAGUGAAAAGGUGUGGGUUCCACUUAUUAUACACCAAUGAUGAGCUAAACAAUUGCAAUCCUUACAUAUGUGGAGAAACCAAUCCAGAUUUUCUGGAGCAAUUCAAAGAAACAACAAAUGCCAACAAUAAGAGAAGCAGGGAAGACUUCUACUCCAGUAAUAUCAAUGGCAACCAGGAGGUGGAAACACACACUAAAAGAUUGAGGCAAAAGCCCUCUAUGGAAGAUUACUUUUCAAAUGCUCAGGAUGGGAUUAAUUACGACGCUACUAUGGUUCCUUCAAGUUCUUCAUGUGAGUUUGUUUCCAAAUUCUACAAAUUUCUUUGAAAUCCAUCCCUACUAAUUGUGAAGAACUAGGGUUUGCGGCUCUCUUUCCCUCAAGCUGCGUCGACGUCUUCCAAAUCUGAGCAUCAACUUUCUGAUCUGUCGAGUCUCAUUUGUUUUGGGCAUCAACUUUCUGAUCUGGCCACUUCAGUAGCGUCUUCCGGACUCACUCCACGCCAAACCCGGCCUUCUCCAUCUCGCCACUCAUGGUGCUCAAUUCUAGUCUGAUCCUCCAAAUGAGAUAUUGAGUUUCCUCACAGCAGAUGCAGUGGCAGUGACUUUGUGUUAACUCAGGAACGAAGUGCUUUGGAAUGUUAAUCAGAUUACAAGCUCUGCUUCCUCCUUCCUGCAUCAGUAGUUAGCUGCCAAAGUUAGUGACCAUCCAGCCCAUUUUGACUACUCUUCAACAGUUUCUGUGGCUGAUUUGUUGAAAUGGCCCAAGCCUGCUUCGAGAUUCUUGAAAUGCAAUACAGAAGCUUCUCCCCGUCCGGAUCAUAACAAAAUUGAGCGGGUUGGGUUCUUUGUGAUUAGAGAGGACAGCUGAUUAAGACUUGCUAAAUUGAGCUUCUUGGUCCACAUGAUCCGAAAAUCGCUGAAGCUCUCCCUCUCCAAGAAGCUCUUAGCAUGAUUGAUGAAAGAGGCAUGCAUAUCACCUAAUUUAUUAACUUAUUCAACCUUGAUUGAAUGCUGAUGUUGUUCCUUAUACUGAUCUUAUAGAUGCCCUGUGCAAGAAUGGAUUAGUGAAAUCUGCUGUAACUUUAUUUGAUGAGAUGACUAAGUAGGGAAUCAAGCCUAAUGUUGUCACUUACAAGGGAACUCAAGAAAAUUACAGUGGCAAGCAGGAAAUUUUGUCCAUCUUAAAUGCUUGCAGUUUCAUUAUUGUUCCUUGAUGAUGCAUGAGGCUCGUGGUCAAUGCUCAAUCAGGUCAAGAAUUGAGAUUAUCAGAUUUUUGAAGCGCUAAUAUAUUUCUUGCCUGUCACCUUUCUGCCUGCUUGGUAUCAUGUAGUCGCUGAGAUUCCUUUGAAGAUGCUUCGAUUUUAUUGGAGGAGCUUUGAUUAUUUGAUAAUCAGGCGUAUGGUGUAGCACACGUACUUACAAUGGCUUUCGCAAUGUAAUUUUAGAUUCUGAUUCUUUGCUGUUGGUACAAGCUCUCCACUCCAAUCAGCCUGAUCUCUCUUAUUUUGAUUCUUUUGUCACUGAUUGUAAAUUUUCUUCUUAAUUAAUUCUACUCUAUUUCUUUUACUUGUAAAUCAGUGAACACUGUUGUCCAUUGCUCAACACAUACAAUUUAGUUUUUAGUCAAAUCUCCGGGAGUGGGUUCCUGCACUGUUGUCCAAUGCUUAAUACAUAAUUUAGUUUUUAGUUUAAUCUUCAGAAGUGAGGUCCUGUCACUCAUGAUUUCUUACAAUGAUUUAUCUUAAUGCAAUUUCCUUUUGUUUAUA